UGCCAGUACUGCGGCAUUCCAAGAUUCACCUCCGAGACCCCAGGUUUCUGCUGCGGGCGUCAAGGAUCCAAGGCUGCACAGUACCAGCCCCUCCCUCCUUACCCCGACUAUAUGGCCCUGGUCCUGGAUGAUCCCAAUUCGCAUGACUCCCGCAAGCUCAACCUCAUCUUCUCUUUUGUGGCCAUCCAAACUAGCGGGCCAUUCCCCAACAACAACGUGCCUCUUUCGUUCUUUGCCGUCCAGGGGAGGGUGUAUCACCAGCACAGAGCAACACACAAUGAUUCCGCCCUCAGGUGGUACCUCCUUGAUGGCGCUGAGGAAGCAAUGCGCCCUUUCCCCAACUUCCACCUCCCUGCCUUCUGGAUACAGGCCGUUCAGCGUAUGAUGCUGUCCAUCAACCCCUUUGCGAUCCGCUUCAUCCAC